AUGUUCGGAAAACCAGACAAAAUGGACGUUCGGUGCCACUCGGACGCGGAGGCUGCCCGAGUCUCGAAGAGCGCGCACAAGGAGGGCGCCCGGGAGAGCAAGGGCGCGGAGGGGAGCCUGCCCGCCGCCUUCCUCAAGGAGCCGCAGGGCGCCUUCCCGGCGUCGGGCGCCGCGGACGACUGCAACAAAAGUAAAUCCAACCCCGCGGCGGACCCGGAUUACUGCCGCCGGAUCCUGGUCCGAGAUGCCAAGGGCUCCAUCCGAGAGAUCAUCCUGCCCAAGGGCCUGGAUCUGGACCGGCCUAAGAGGACGCGCACGUCCUUCACCGCGGAGCAGCUCUACCGGCUGGAGAUGGAGUUCCAGCGCUGCCAGUACGUGGUGGGCCGCGAGAGGACCGAGCUCGCCCGGCAGCUCAACCUCUCGGAGACCCAGGUGAAGGUCUGGUUCCAGAACCGGCGCACGAAGCAGAAGAAGGACCAGGGCAAGGACUCGGAGCUGCGCUCGGUGGUGUCGGAGACGGCGGCCACGUGCAGCGUGCUGCGGCUGCUGGAGCAGGGCCGCCUCCUGUCGCCGCCCGGCCUGCCCGCGCUGCUGCCGCCCUGCGCCACGGGCGCGCUCGGCUCGGCGCUCCGCGGGCCCAGCCUGCCCGCCCUGGGCGCGGGCGCCGCGGCGGGCUCGGCCGCAGCGGCCGCCGCGGCGGCUCCGGGCCCGGCCAGCGCCGCCGCAUCCCCGCACCCGCCGGCCGUGGGCGGCGCGCCGGGCCCCGGGCCCGCGGGGCCGGGGGGACUGCACGCGGGCGCGCCGGCCGCCGGCCACGGCCUCUUCAGCCUGCCGGUGCCCUCGCUGCUCGGCUCGGUCGCCAGCCGCCUCUCCUCCGCCCCGCUGGCCAUGGCCGGCUCGCUGGCCGGCAACUUGCAAGAACUCUCGGCGCGCUACCUGAGCUCCUCGGCCUUCGAGCCCUACUCCCGGACCAGCAAUAAAGACGGGGCCGAGAAGAAGGCGAUGGACUGA